CAAAUCAUAAAAAAAAAGGCUGAGACCAUACAUUUCAGGUGUGUCUCAGGAGGAAAAGUUUGGUCGUCUUGAGCAUCUUUAUGGGUUGUUGGAAAAGUGGCGAUGUAGAGAAAAGUUCACCUUGACAUCAUGGGUUUUUCCAAAUGACCUGACAAGUUCUCAAGUAGCUAAAGCUGACAAAGGACUAACGCAUAGGGUGCAGGCAGGGUUGUAUAGGUCUCUUUGACAAUGAACUUUCACCGGUGACGUCCUUGGACGUCACCUCUUCUCUGAGGAAAAGGCAAACGAACAAGCACGUAUAAAACUGGUGAGUGGUCUUCUGAAUUCAGUUGCUAACGCUAUCAACAUGGGUCAAGAAGUGCUUCUACUCGUUCAUCCAAAUGCAAAGAUCUUGUUCGUAUGUUUGCUCUUAGUUAUUACCAUUGCAACAGUCUCGGCAAGACCCCAGUUCUUUCCGGCGGAAUCGGUUGAGAGCACAAAGGAGGACGAAAUCGAAGGAAGACAUUUUUUCCACCGUCGUCCUUAUAACCACAGACGGCCUUUCACAGGACAUCGUCCAUUUGUAGGCCCUUCCAGCUCUUUCUCCGGUGGAGGCCUACCUAACAGUGGCCCGUUCUCACCAGGUGCCGGAAAUUUUGGACCAAGCGGCCAGUUCUUCGGACCAAAUAUUGGAGGGGGUGCAGCGACGGCUCUCGGAUUUGCUAACACAGGAAACGGAGGAGGUUCGGCAAUUGGUUUUGGAUCGGCAGGAAACGGCGGAGGACAAGCCACUGGAGUCGGCAUCGCUCAAGCACCUCUGGGCGGCUUUGGUAUGGGAGUUGGUCUUGCAGUUGCCACACCAUUUGGAAACAUAGCUCAGGGACAAGGAUUUUCUUUAGGAUAACUUACUGUAAAAGAAUUAACUACUAUCUGAUUCAGCCAAAUGUUUGCUCUGCCACAUCUAGGAAUACUUAACAAUGGCGCCCAACAGGCAAUCUAGAAUAAAGGCGUCCCAAAACAUUUUACACAAUGUAUUUGAUGUGCAAAUAUAACUUACAGCCAAAUGACAAA